AUGCAUCUUCUAGGAGCCAAAUUCUCGUUCCUUUGUCUCUACGCCGCCGCUUUGGCUAUUUCAUUAGACGAAGGCAUGUAUCCUGAAAUGGAAAUUCCAGGCGGAUAUUUCAUAGGAGAAAUGGACCCUUUUCAACAAGAUUUUGAAGAAGGUGAAGACAUGGAUGACCAAAAUGGAUGGAUGGAAGUAAAUGAAGGCGACAUCACGCAGCUCCUAGAUCGCAUUGAAGAGGCUGAACGGAAGGAAGAUGAGAAUGGAGUAGAAAGAGAUGAUCAAAGUUCUCAGCAAACUGCCGAGGAGUACGAAGAUGUCGCUACUGAAAAACUUGCAGUAAAAACAGUGGAUGAAGUGAAAGAUGCCGAAGAAACCAUGCAUGCUCCCGCCACUACCACCACUAUGCCGCCGUCCAAGUCCACCAAUUUUUGGACAACGGAUUUGGUAGUGGAAAAAGCGGCUGAAAACGAAGCCGCCAAAGAAGCUAUGGCUACCAUAAGCACAGCUGGUGUCAUUGCUUCUGCAACGGCCGCCGCGAUGGGAGAGGGAGCUAAGGCAAUUCUUAGUCAAGUGGAAACAACUUUGAGUUCUGUUGAUGAUUUGGACGUAAUGACUUCUGAGUCCCAGUAG